UUCCUUUUCCAAAUCUAUAUAAAUUGAUUCCAAACAAAGCGGAAACCGUAAACCUUCGGCAGUACCCUUUCUCAACAAACCCUAAAAAGCACGACGGAGUUUUCAAAUAUUUCGAUGGAGCCGGGAAUGAUGGUGGAGAAGGAGGAGAAACCACCAGUGCCUGGAAAGAAGAUGAUGAUGGAGGAGGAGGUGUAGGAGAGGAUAGCAUACCAGAUUUUGGAGGAUGGAGUGGUGGAGAAGAAGGAGAAACCACCAGUGCCGGGAAAGAAGACGGUGGCGGGAUCAACAAUUCAGCCCACGUGUGAGCAGAAGGUAAGGCCAGUAGUUUUCAUAGUUUGCCAAUUGAAAAAUUCUUCUGUAUACUCUGCUGCGAUUUUCAAAUUAGAGAUGGGAAAAACUCUAGUAAAAUCUGAAGGUCGAUUUGAAGUGUUUAAUAGAAGGAAGUAUUUGGGCAUGGAAACCUCUCCACGUUUAGGGUCUGUGUCUUGUGCUCUGGUGGGUUACGAAUUAUACUUAGCGUGUAGUUAUUCGCAGCUUGACCUUCAGGGCGGCCAGAUCCGCCAAGCUCCUGUUCAUAUCUUCGACACUUUGCAUGAACGACUGGUUGAGUUGCCGUCGUCAUCUCAUUGUUUUGUUACACCCAAACCUUUCCCCGUAGUUAUGGCUGUUGGAACUCUCCAACUUUAUGUUUAUGGACAAUCUAUGGCAACUUCAUUGAAUGUCCCAGCGCCAACACUUGAGAGCUUUAACAUUGGAGAGUUAGAAUGGGAAUCACAAUUACCUCCACAGUUUGAUUUACCGAGCUGUACCUUUGUUAAUGGUUAUGCGGUUGUAAAGAAUUUUCUCCUCAUUUCGGUUGCAGAUUUCAAUGGUAGACAUUCUCGUAAUGAGUUUUUCUACUGGAAUUUCUCUGGUGGUUCUAAUUCCAAAAACAAGUGGGAGAAGAUGAUCUUUUCAAAAGGCCAAAAAAAUAUAAACUAUCCCUUCUCCGGGAAGGCUGAGUUUGUUGAAGAUGUGAUUUAUUCAUACAAUAGAGGCUUGUAUGCAUACCGGGUUGAUUGCUGUUCUGACAAAGAAGGUCUACAGAUAUCUCCUCCUCAGCUAGUUGGAUUUCCCAAGUUUGCAGCCCCGCCUGUGGAUUGGUCCGAUUCCAUCUAUUUCUCGUUCAGCUGUGCAUAUAUGGGGAUUGGGAAGAGAUUCUGUAUCAUCAGGACUGGGGACUCGGGUUGUAUUGGUGAUCAACAAUACGUGGCCGUAUCUGUUGUUGAAGUUUCCGAAGAUGUGCAGUGUCUAACAACCGUCUCUUCGACAAUCUGCUCACUCGACAUCAGUGGCCUCGGCAGUGACUUGAUCCUCGAUUCUUGCUUUGUUGUCUAACAAUUCUAAUUGUAUUCUUUUGAUCAUCAUUCUAUUAAGCAUGUCUGAUGCAUUGAGUAGCUUUCAACAUUUCUUUUACAUCCUUGUUCUUCAUUUUAUUAGGAAGAUAGGAAAAAUCAUUCAAACCAUUUUGUGAGUGACGAAUUACAGAGUAUAAUUUAGUUGCCUGAGACAGUUUGCAUGUCGUUUUGUUGGAUCUGUGUCUUUCUGGUAAUGGAAAUUUGAAUGAAAAGGUGGUCUUUAACCGAAUAGUAUUUAAUGGCUUGUGGCAUGUGAAUGGUAGAUUUGUAAUGGAUAAAUAUAAUUUGAUAUGUAUUUAUUUUGUUUGACGAGCAAAUUUGGGAUUGUGCAUGUAUUUUUGAGAGGUAAACUUUAAUGUUAUGAACACUUCUUUUCCUUUGUUUAUUAAUUUCAAGUUUUGGGUCUGUGUCUUUUUGGUAAUGCUUAAUUUUUAUAGCAUGAAAUGAAGGGUGCGGGUGAUUUGAUUGAUCACAUAUGAUCUUGUAAUCAGUCAUCAAUUAUUCCCUCCUACUCAACCAAAGAUUUGGCAAGAAGGAAAACAAUAGUUAACCUGUAAACAUUAACAAGAAGGCAACAUUAUACCAACACCAUUAUACAAUUUGAGCUAAAUUAGAUUUUGCACAUCUAUUGUGAAAUUCCAAUCAUUCAUUGUGAUCUAAAACCAAGCAACAUCCUACUUGACAGUGAUAUGGUUGCUCAUGUCGGAGGUUUUGGGUUGGCGAGGUUUCUUCAACAAUGUAACAUUCACAAUCAAAGCAGCAGUACAAUUGGAGUAAGGGGAACGGUUGGCUAUACUGCUCCAGAAUCAUGCUCGAUUCAGUUACCAAAAUAAGAGAACCAUUCUUGGUUUUGUUCUUUUCAUUUUGUGAAUGGCAGAGUAUGGCUUGGGAAACGAGGUGUCAGCAAUGGGGGAUGUAUAAGGUUACGGAAUCUUGGUGUUGGAGAUGAUGACAGGGAAUAAACCUGUUGACAGUAUGUUCAAGGAAGGCCUUAACCUUUGCUAGGAUGGCUUUACCAAAUGGCGUUAUGGAGUUCGUAGAUCCAAUGCUUCUAAACUUUGAUGAAGAAGAGACAUCAGAAGUGCGUAAUAGAAAUCAGAUUGCAAGAGAAUCAAGAAAAGAAAACAGAAAGGAAUGUUUGAUUUCCAUGAUCAAGAUCAGAGUUGCAUGCUCCAAGGAAUCACCACAGGAUUGAAUGGGCAUAACUGAUGUUGUUCGUGAGCUGAAUUUGAUCAAAAACAUUCCUCAAGGCACUCGAAGAGGUCCUAAUGCAUAAUAUAUAGGCCAUGAAGUUUGAAAGCAGAGAAGAACAGCCCAAACUCAUGUUUGAGAAGCAAUUCGAAAAUGGCUGUUAUUGCAGUACAUAGCAGUAUUGUGUACUGGACUUACAUGUAUAUCCACUUCAAUUCCAUAAAACAUUAAAUUCCCUAUAUUUCUUGUAUUUUGUAUCUUCUGUAUUUCAAUUGCAUAAAAUGUUUCUGGACUCGGUUCCAAGAACUUGUCUUUGUGCCUUUUUGUACUUCAAUUGCAUAUAAUGUUUUUUUGAUUUAUAUACCUA